CUGCGUUGCUAUGGCAACAACAUACGGCCUUUCCACCAGUCGGCAGGGUGAGAAGACAGAGUUGUGAUAGUGAAUAGUUUCUGAAUGUGAACCUUGUUGGUCCUUCCUCUCUCCAUCAGCCGUUGCUGUGUGGCCAACGAUGAAAUCAGAAACCUUCCCUUUAUUUAUUACUUUUUUUUCUUUUUGACAGGAAACUUGAGCAUAAAGGUUGAUUGGAAUGACUCCCACUGUCCAUACAAAAGUGUGAAUUUGUUUGGGCUACAGGACAGAAACAGAGGACACAGGUGGUCUGGUUGCACCGGGUCUCAUCUGCUGCGAUGAAGCUGCUCAUGUGUUUUUAUUAUUUGCUUCUGGAUCAAACAUUUGUUCGAUGCAGCGUGCAGAUGCAGAGCCGUAUCGUAGGGGGUUACACUGCAGCAGCACAUUCCAUCAAACACAUUGUGUCCCUGCAGAGCUCCAGAGGACAGCACUUCUGUGGUGGAUCCCUCGUUCACAGGUACUGGGUUUUGACUGCAGCGCACUGUAACAUCGGGGCAGACCAGAUGAUGAUAGUUGCAGGUGACUACAAAGUAAAUGUCUUCGAGGGUACUGAGCAGUAUGCUAAACCCUACAGGCUGGUCACCCAUCCGCUCUACAACAGGAGCACCAACAACGCUGACAUCAUGCUUAUUAAGCUUCGAGCGCCGAUGAUCUUAAACAGGAUGGUGUCACUGGCUCCUCUUCCCAGGCAGGGGACAGGUGUGGUCGCAGGCCACAUGUGUCGGGUGUCUGGGUGGGGGUACGACAAUCAGGGUGGAGUACAGGGCCCUGUCACGCUGAGGACAGUCCAUGUUCCUGUUGUUUCAACUGCAAAGUGCAACAGCAGCGACUCCUUUGAUGGGAACAUCACAGCAAACAUGAUCUGCGCUGGACACCAGGCUGGAGGAAAAGAUGCUUGCAAGGGAGACUCUGGUGGACCACUGAUGUGCCGAGGGCGAGUCUACGGUUUGGUCUCAUGGGGUAACGGCUGCGGUGAUGCAAAGUUUCCAGGAGUCUACACAGCGGUGUCCAGAUUUCGCCGCUGGAUUGACCACACAAUCUACAGCUCGUCCCAACGCUGUGCCAGAUUUGGAUGAACAGGGAGAGGACCAACAAAUAAAUGAAGAAAAUGAUUUGAGUAAUUAGAUCUGGAGGGGGUGGGGGGUUUUAAACCAUGGAAUAGAGCUUUUGGAACAUCUGCAAAACCUACAACACAUUUAAUUGUUUUAUUUUCGAAAAGAAAAUAAUACUAUUGACAUAAAAAUAGUGAAAUCCAGACAAAUCCUUCUUCAACAACGCAAGUCAAAUUAUUUAGAAUUAGAGUUUAGAGAAAUAGGCAAAAAUUCAAUUUGCACUGCAAAAAUAAAUGUUAUCAGCCCUAAAAAUGUUUGUUUUAAUGGCAGCAUUUAAUCUGAUGAGAAAAAUGUCCAGAUGUCUGUGUUUUUCUAUUUGGAAUAGCUUGACUUAAAAUUAAUUUCCAAUUUCAGCAGCAGAAAUCGUUCAUUUUAUCUGAUUUGCAGACAAUAAAAAUGUUCCUGUUUUUUCUAAACUACAUUCACAUGCCAUUACUGGAUUUCACUUUUACCAAUUUCAUUGCAGUAUUCCUAAUUAAACUAUCAUCUGUCUUGUUUGUCAUGUUAUCACAUUUCCUUUAGCUGAUUUCUCAUUGUUUGGUCACGAAGACUUAUUCUUCUUUUCACUCUUUCUUAGUGAAUCUGUAAGUUUGGAGUUUUAAAUUUCUGUCAUGAUUCCGAAAUAUCUCUUUUGGUAAAAUUCUCCAGCUUUUCUUUGCUUUUAUCUUUUUUUUAUUUUUGGACACUAUAGAAACAAGUAAUAUCUGCAAAAUGUUUGUCAGCUAUCUUUUUUAUGAUUUAAUAUUUAAUUUGAACAGAUAUUUUCUGUCAAAAUUCACUUUUUAUAAUGUGCAGACUAAAUGACUUCUGUUUUCAUAAAUUUAGCAUCAAAAACGACUUUAACCACAAGUGUUAGUUAAAGUUUUAUCUGUUCACCCCUUCUAACAAUUAUGGUAAAUAAUAUGUUUUUUUUUUUAGCAAACAACAUGUACAGGGAGUUUUUAUGAUAAAAUCUGUGAAACUUUUAUUUGUUUUACAUUAAAUUUGUGUUUAUUGUCAGAUGACCCUGAAAUAAUGCAAAUCAGUCAUGCUAACUUUCAAAACUAUCAAAUGAACCUAAAUGUUUUCAUCACUUUUAACUAAAGGCUUUACACUGACAGACGUUUUUUAGAGUAAAAACACAUUUUAGAAACAGAGUAAGUGGUUUAGAAAUCUAUUUAUAGCAAUUAAAUGCGUACAAUUUACGAUUUUGUAGAAUAAUGUGAGCAUCUUUAAGUGUUUGGAUGCAGAUAAUAGCAGUUUGAUAUAAAUAUUUGCUAUGAGUUUUAAAAACUACAACCCGCUAAAUGCAAAAGGUUCUUUUGUUUUUAAGCUGGUUUGUUCUUAUAGUAUUGACGAUGAUGAAAGAUGGAUUUUGUGAUACUGCCAUGCUCACUUCAGGUCCAGAGGGAGUGGGUGUAUCAUAAUUGCCCUUUUCAUUAAAAAGAAAAGCUGUGUCCGUUUUCUCUUCUGCAGAUAUCAGGUGUCACCUUAUUGUCUGCGUAAAAACCUUUAGGAUCUUCCGAGAAUUGCCGGCGUGUUAACCCAUGCCCCUGUUUUUUGAGACAAGCCUUUGUGUUGCGAUUGGAGGCAGUGGAUGGAAAACUUUGUGAAUUUGUUUCCUCAUACAGAGAGGUGCCCUGAAGCCACGCAGGUUUGAGCAAACCGUCCAGCCUUUAAGGACAUUGUAAACCAGAGAAAGGCCAACAUGUUUUCAAAGAGAAUCAGGUAACUCCUGAGUCUGCUGAGAAUUGUGUUGAUAUUCAUGGUGGAAAUGCCUAGUUUAAUUGAUUCUUUAAUCAAGAAAAGUCACAAGUUAGACUUAAAUAAAAGGAUGAACACGUUUUGUAAUAGUGAUGCAUUAGUCAUGAUGCAUUUUGGUGCUUUGCCACAUUUUUAUUACGCAUACAUUUGGAUCAAAAGAGGGGAAAACAAUGCCACUUAAAUAAGGCUGACUAUUUAAAAAGACAAUAAACAAAAAUAAAUGAAUAUCAAAUAAAACUGAGAAAACUGCAAAGAAUAUAUUAUAAAGUAAUCACGAAUAAAAAAAAUAAAACAUGACAACGAAAUGCGCAAAUAUGCGAGACUGCGCUUGUUGGUGAAAUCCUGAAACAUAAACCCAGAUCGCAGGGCCUCUGGACGCACCUGAGUGCGCCAUGCAGAGGGACAAAUGAAAUGUUUCAUCAAAGUCUGCAAUAAAUUCCGCACGUCCGCUUCCCUCGCAGAAGCUGCGCAACACGAAAUUCUAGAAAUUUUCAUGUCUCUGCCUCGUCGAUUGGUGGCGCAGAAACGACACAUUUCGCUUGAUUUGAUUCACGUUUAUCUGCUUUUUUUUUUAAACUCGUCAUUUAUUUGGUGGUAUCUACACUCCGGAGAACUGAGCAUUGGUUAUGCCACGACUCCAGCUGGCUGCGCCAGUCAGAAAACCCCCGUACAGCUCCCUCGUCAGGUCUCCCCAGGAUCCGCGCGUCGCAUCGCUCCCCAAUUUGCAUUUCUUCCUCAGAAUUUCUGAGCGGCGGAUUGAGCAGCUCCAAACCGAGCAGCGGGCGCUUGGCGGCUCUGUUGUGCGCGCGCCUCCAUCUCCAAAGCAACACGCGCGGAGACCAAAACGUCCAGGGAUCCUCUUGAAUAAUGUUGCCGAAGAUUCUCAAGCAGGGAAACUGAAGAUAUUAUUUUGGAUUUCGGAUGAUUCUGUUGCGCUCUGACGGAUCCAGACACGUGUCUUUUGGGUAAACAAAAAGGGCUAGGUCGUGUCUGCCGAUUGCUUUUCUUUUUGUUUUUUUUCCUCUCCCCUCUUUUUUGUUUGCUACAGCCGACCAGUUCGGAGCUUGGCCACGAAAUAUACAUUUCAUUUGGUGCGCCUUGGCGAUUAAGACGCAUUUGGAGAUGUCAGAAGUGCUGCCUUUCAACGAAGAAAAAAUGAGUCAUUAUGGAAAUGAGGGCGAGGAGGGACACCUUUCCUUCACUUGUCGUCUCCAAGACACCAACAACUUCUUUAACGGCUCCCAGAACAACAAGCGUCCGCCGAAACUCGGACAAAUAGGGAGAAGCAAACGGGUUGUGAUCGAGGAUGAGAAUGGCGACAACGAAGCGCUGAAAAAUGGAACAGAGAAGACCUCGACAGAAGCUUAGAGUGCGCUGGGCUCACCACCUGUCUGAAAGACACUGCUGAAAAUUUUCUAUGGCGAUAUUUACCAGUUUUAACCCAAAGACAAUGUAUAUAAGCACUUUCUUUCAUGUGGCAGCAAGAAGCACUUCCACACCCUCCUCUCCCAGUCAGCCACGGCCAGCCGGAUGACAAGGGUGGGAGAUGGCAGCAAAGGAGACCUCCUUAGGUGGACCCCCCCUCCAACACACACACACACACUCUUAAACACACCCUGGAUUACAGGGUUUGCCAUAAAUUUGAUCACACCAAGAAACAUCAGGGGAGGAGCAAGGGGGUGGAGGUGAAAGAGGAGGCGAUGCUGUCGAAAUGCAGAAAUCAGGGACAGAAUUCAGAAGGAAAUCUAAUAUAGAAACUAAAGCACACACUUCUUCUGUAUAUGUUCUCAAUCAAACUUGUAUCCAGAUCUUUCUGCUCUUCAUUUUGAUCAAGGGCACUUGAAUACCGGUUUGUAAUUAUGGAAAGGGUAGCCCAUAUUUUCUUGCACAAAGUGGGAAUCAGUAAAAUGGCUUGUUUUAGAAUUUAUUUAUUAUUGAGAGUAAGAUCUUUUGCAGUGACUUUAAGGCCUGAGGGAAUUUUUUAAAAUUUUUUAUUUACUAAUUUGUUGUGAUUUUUUUUUUGCACAGUUGAGGAACAUUGAGCAAAUGAGGCUGGUCUUUCUUUUCGUUCGGAAACUCAUUUUUAAGCAGUAUACUUCCCACCUGUUUGUAAGCUUCCCAGGCUUCCACCUGGAUUGGUUGACACUGUAACUUGACUGUAAACACCAUAUUGAUAAAACUAUUUAUAUUUCAUUGUGCAUUAUUGUGUGUGCCAAAUCUCAUGGAGGAUUUUACCUUACUGGACUACUCGUUCUUUUUCGUGCUUUCUACGUUUUCUCAUUGAACUUGGUCGUUUUGUUGGGUCGCCAUUUUUUUUAGGGCAUUUGGUAAAACACUUAAAUACCAACGCAUGCAUGGCAAAUAUGAACUCAUGCAUGCAUGGCAGCAGUUCUGAAACUUGUGUAUUCUUGAAGCACCUCGUAUACAGCUUUGAAUGACAAACCUCGAGAACAGUCUUAAUUCUGCGUCGUACUGUAUGAUUCACACUGAUUUGUACAGUGGCCUACUAUCUUGUAAUAACAAUUACGAUAAAAUACUAUUUACUGUUAGUGUUGAUGGUGGUUUACAAUACAGAAUGAUGUAUUUGAUGUUGCUUUUUUUUAAAAAAAAACUGUUUUCAAACUGUAGCAAAAAUAAAACGAAACACGAAAAUAUAGUUUUGUAUCGGAAAGAUAAAGACAGUAGCAGACAUCUUGGGUAACUUUUGGACUUGUUCCUUGUACAGUUUCUCCUGUUGUUAUUGUAUUACCUAUCUGGCUGCCAAGGAAGGUGAAGUCAGUAUUUUCCACUGUGAGGAAGUAGCAUCCUGUUCUUUGGAAGAAAAAAAAUCCAAACUAGAUGAAAGAAUGACUAGCAAAUAAUUCCAUGAAGAAUCUGAAAUGCACACUUCAUCGUGAUGAGAAACUGGGCUGAAAACGUUGCACAACAGACUAUGACUCAUUAAGUGCUACAGUUCUGCAAAUGAUUUUGUGGAGGGGAAAAAUGUACAAUUCUGCUUCCCAAUGCAAUAAAUGUCUGUUUGCAUUUCAAA